UCGACGACCCAAAUCUCAAAUCUCCGAAUCUCAGAGAGAAGAGUGGAAAGAAGAUAAUGGCAGGCGGCGGCAACAGAGCGGAGGCGGAUCGGUGGCUCGUAACCUCAGAGAAGCUACUCGCGUCCUCCGACCUCCACGGAGCCAAAUCCUUCGCGAUCCGCGCAUGCGAAUCCGACCCGACCCGAGCCGAAGCUGCCGACUACAUCCUCGCGAUCUGCGACAUCCUCAUCGCCGGAGAGAUCCGCGUGACCGGCUCCAACCUCCCCGACUGGUACUCCGUGCUCCGCCUCGGGCGCCUGACUCAGAGCCCCGAGCACGUCGCGACUCAGUACCGCAGGCUCGCUCUCCUCCUCAACCCCUCCGUCAACCGCCUCCCCUUCGCCGACAAGGCCUUCGAACUCGUCUCCGACGCCUGGCGCGUCCUCUCCGAUCCGAUUCGAAAGUCCUCAUACGACCGCGAGCUGCAGCCGAGUCAACUCGGUGGAGCGAGUUUCUGGACGGCGUGUCCGUACUGCUUCGUGCUCUUCGAGUACGCCAAGGACUACGAGGAUUGCGUGAUGAAGUGUCGAGAUUGCGAGAGAGCGUUUCAAGCGGUGAGGAUUCAGAAGCCUCCUGUGGUGGUGGAAGGAGGAGGAGGAGGAGAAGAAGAUGUUUACUUCUGCUCGUGGAGUGUGUUUCCGUUAGCAUUCUCCGGUGAGUGUAAUCAAGCUCCGAGGAGGUGGUCGCCUAUCUCGCCUCUCAUUGCGUGCCCCAAGAAGCGGAAGGAACCAGCUUCUCCGAGAGUCUUUUACGAUGACGAGGAUGAUGAUGACGUGUACGUUGCGAUCUCUGAUGAUGAUGAGGUGGCAGUGGAUACUGGGAAAGGGAAAGGGAAAGGGAAAGAACCGGUUGUUGUGUCUAGACCGGUGAGUCAUCAUAAUCAUCAUAAUGCUAGUAGGAAAAGAAGUGGAGCUGGAGGAGGUAAGAGCGUGGGGAGGCUGGAUUUGAAUGUGGAGCUGAGUAAUGACGUGGAGGAGGCUGGUGGGGUAAGUGGGAGAAGGGAGAGCAACAGGGAGGUGGAUAAUAUUAUCGAAGGGAUUGGGUUCUUUGAGGGGCUUGAUGAGUUUUUGAGUAGCUUGCCGAUACUCUCUGUUGUUGGUGAUGAUAAGAUCAAGGCUACUUAAUAUGAAACUUGUUUCCUCUUUUGUUUUUAGGUUGCGGGUGUUCUGUUCUGUUCGUUGUAGGCUUUUAGUCUUCAUGUCUCCUAUUGUUGUUGGCAUCUGUUGAUGUAUAUGGCACACAUAAGUCAAGACGUUUUUCCCUCUU